GGUGAGUGGAGAGCAGACGUGUGUAUAGGGCUGAGUUUAGUUGUUUGUAGCCGGCUCUAGUGGAGAUAGAAUACUGUAUAUAGGAGAGUGUGAGGGUAAUGUUUAGGAAUCCAGACAAAUAGAAGUGAUACCAAUGGAAUAGGCUCAUGCUGGAAGACUGUUGUACUCCAGUGGCUGAAGUAGAGGCAGGUCUUACAUUUGGUAUUAAGGUAUACAUUUUCAGAUCAGUAGGAUUACAUCUGUUUCUGCUUUUUUUGCGGAUCCCAUUGAAGUGGUAACACCAUGUUGUGUCUGCUGUUUGUUAUUCUGCUCUAUGCUCAUGCACUGAAUUUGGAUAAGCAGAACCCCCGAAUCUUCUCAGGACCCAAAGGCAGCUACUUUGGAUUUUCCAUUGACUUCUAUGAGGCUGCAGAUAAAGGGUUAAAUAUAGUUGUGGGUGCUCCAAGAAUGAAUACAUCUCAGCCGGGUGUACGUAAUGGUGGAGGCGUGUUUCUGUGUCCAUGGGGGCCAGGCAGCAAUAGCUGCUCCAUUAUACCAUUUGACCAAACAGGUGACAAAAAUGACACUACUAAUGGCAUAAUGAGAAUUUUUAAGUCUGACCAGUGGCUUGGAGCAACAGUCAGGACCUGGAAGACCAGCAUUGUGGCCUGUGCCCCUUACCAGCAUUUUAACUACAUAGAUUCCAUCGAUUGGUCACGUGAAUCUGGUAAAACUCCCACAGGGGCAUGCUACUUAACGGCUGAUCUGAAGAACUUCUAUGAAUUCGCUCCAUGCCGGGAAAUAAAAAUAGAAGCAGUACAUCAAAGCAGUUAUGUACGAGAUAAGCGCUACUGUGAGAUUGGAUUCAGUGCAGAAAUAAGUAAGAAUGGGACUCUAUUAGCUGGAGCACCAGGAGGCUACUUUUUUGAAGGACUAUUCACUACAGUGCCCCUGUAUAGUAUCUGGAAUAUUCCCAUGGCUACAAUCAAGAAAUAUUCUGGCUUGGAAUUCUCUACAGAGAACCUAUCUGCAAUGGAUACAUAUAAAGGUUUUUCAGUGGCUUAUGGUGAAUUUACAAUGGAUAACCAAACAGAAAUUGUUGUGGGGUGUCCAAAUGUGGCAGACGUGGGAGCAGUCGAAAUUUUUAGUGGCGUCAAAAGUAUUCUCAUCAUCCACGGAGAUCAGACUGCCUCAUAUUUUGGUCACUCAUUGGCUGUCACUGACAUAAACAAUGAUGGUUAUGAUGAUCUCGUAGUGGGGGCUCCUGUAUUCAUGGAACGUGUGACAGGUGGAAAACUAAAAGAAGUUGGGCAAGUACAUGUGUAUAUGCAGAAGCGACAAAACAUUUUCGACAAAGAGCAUCAGAUCCUCACGGGGACUUAUAUUUAUGGACAAUUUGGUGCAGCAAUUAUACCACUGGGAGACCUGGAUAAAGAUGGAUACAAUGAUGUGGCUGUAGGUUCUCCGUUUGGAGGAAAAUCUGGAGGUGGCUGCGUGUACAUUUAUAAGGGCGAGAAAUCUGGACUGUCUGCUCAACCAUCCCAGAUCCUAGAGAGUCCUUUGCAUCCCCCUUCCAGGUUUGGCUUUGCACUGAGAGGAGGAGUAGACAUUGAUGGUAACGGGUAUCCAGAUUUGAUUGUUGGAGCAUUUGAAGAGGAUACAGUGUAUGUAUUCAGAGCCCAGCCAGUUGUCCUCCUCCAAACCUCCAUGUACUUCUCUCCAGACACUUUGAAUCCAGACUUGAAGCUUUGUAAACACAGGGGAUCAGAGGCUGUCUCCUGUUUCACCUUGGGUAUCUGCUCUCGAGCCCCAGGAAAAAGCCUCCCCAAGACAAUAAGUCUGGAAGUGGACAUUCAGCUGGACAGUCAAAAGAACAGGUUUCUACGCAGAACUGUCUUCAAUGAUACUUCUCUGCCAAGUAAAACUACGACCAUCAUACUCCAGAGCAACACAGAACCUGUCUGCAAUGAGUUCACAGUCUAUCUGCGGGAUGAAGUUGAAUUCAAGGAUAAACUGAGCCCUAUAGUUGUUAGUGUGAACUUCAGUCAAAUGCGUACAGAAGCUUCAAGCGUUUUGCCACCGGUAAUACACGGGAACACCAUUUUGCAGGAACAGAUUCAUAUUCUUUUGGACUGUGGGGAAGACAAGGUCUGUAUUCCUGAUCUGCAUUUGAGUGCCAGCUGGAGGGAAGAACCUCUUGUAAUCGGGUCUGACAAUCUUGUACACAUCUAUUUCACUGCCACAAACCUCGGAGAAGGAGCAUAUGAAGCAGAGCUGAAUGUUCAUCUCCCACCCGGGGCACAUUACAUGCAGGUUUUGAGGGAAGCUGAGGAAAAGAUACUGUGUACUCCCAAAAAAGCAAAUGAGACUGAACUUGUGGUUUGCGAGUUGGGGAAUCCAAUGAAGACUGGAACAAAGGUCUAUGCAGGGCUGCAGCUGAGCUUCAGUAACCUGGAGGACAUUGGGAGCAACAUCUCUUUUCCAAUGCAUAUAAAAAGCCGAAACAGCCAGAAUUCAAGCAGUCCAAUUGUUUGGGUGCAGUUGAAUGUGACAGUAAAAAUAUCACUCGAUCUUCGAGGGAACUCACACCCCGCUGAAGUGAUUCUUCCAUUACCUAACUGGGAACCAAAAGAGGAGUCUAAUAAACCACAAGAUAAAGGGGAGGAAGUGAUCCAUGUCUAUGAGUUGCACAAUGCUGGUCCAGGCACUGUCCAUGUCAAGUUCGUUGUCCAAAGUCCUGAGAACUAUGAAGAUGACCUAUUCCUGUACCCAUUGCUUUUGAAGACUGAUAAUAAUAUGCGGUGUACCAACCUUUCAAACAUCAAUUUUCUACAGCUGGACCUCAUGGGGGUAACUGAAGCACCUGUCAACUACAAGAAGUCAGAUGGCCGUAAGCUGAGUAAGAGAGACGUGGCAAGAGGUGAACAGGUCACUGGGAGCAGAGAGAGUGGGAACCAAACCUCCAAAGCAAUUGGUCCCAUCCUGGUGAAUUGUAGUGAUUCACGUUGCUGGCAAAUAGAAUGUUUCAUACAAAAUAUGGAAAAGGGGGAGAGAGCAACAGUGAAACUUCAAUCUAUUCUCUGGGUGUCCAGCUUCUUAAAGAGACCACAGCAGCAGAUCACUCUACGUUCCCGAGGGUACUUCGAGGUGAUGGGUGUUCCUUACAGAAUCCAGCCUGCAGCCUUGAUAGCUACCGAAACAUUUGCUGACACUGUGGUUCAGUGGGUGAGUCCUGACGGGCAGAAAGAAAUUCCUAUGUGGUGGAUCAUCCUUGGUAUCCUUGGGGGGCUGCUAAUCUUGGCAUUGCUUAUAUUUGUCAUGUGGAAGGUUGGAUUCUUCAGAAGGACACGACCACCGACAGAUGAUCAGGAAGAGUUAACCAACCAGUAAAGGAUGACCUGCUCUUAAUAAUAUACAAAAGUAGUUUUUUAUUGUUUCGUUUAUUAUUAUUAUUACCACCAACACCAGCUAGUCACAUUUUAUCCACUAACUAGAAAAUAAAAUGUAGUAUCCAACAGAGCUGUCAUCUUUUACAUCCAUGCAGAACAUAGCUAUGAUAUGUGUAUUCGUUUUUUGUUCAUUAAAAUAAUAGUUAUUUUAGCAGAGAGGUUAGAGUUUCACACCAUGAUCAUGUUGCUUGAAAAGUAGCCUCCUAUUUGCCACUCCAGCAGAUCCUGGAAUGGAGAUACAUUGGCCAAAUGUGAGAGGCUUGGCAACAUGGUUUGUGUCAUUACAGCCCCACACUGCAAAUAUCAAAGUUUGUUAUAGAAUUUCCUUUCUAAAGUGUACCUGUCUGCUAAGGAGUGGAGGAUUUAACAAUACCCAGCCUUAUGAUCUACUUGAGUUGUAACUAGUGAUAUCACCAAAGCAGGAAUCAAUGAGCUGCAUUGUUUAAGCUUUCUCUUGCAUAGGCGUUUAGACCCAAAAAUGCCUGCCUCAGUUGUGCAUAGCCCAUUAGCCAGGUAACACUCUACUGCAGUGAUUUUCAACCUUUUUCAACUCGCGGCACACAGAUAAGAAUUUUAAAUUGCCAAGGCACACCAUCAGUGCGCCACGGGAAAAAAACACAUUGGCCCCCACAGUAAUUAAAAAGACGUGAUGCCGCUGUUAGUAUACUGACAGCCAACAUGCCGUUUGUCAGUAAAACAUAUCUAUUCCUUAAUAAUGCCACACACUGUUCCCCCAGUAAUUUCACCACACACUGUUCCCCCAGUAAUUCCACCACACACUGUUCCCCCAGUAAUUCCACCACACACUGUCCCCCCAGUAAUUCCACCCACUGCCCCAAUAAUAAUUGCUGCUGUCCACAUCCCUCCUCUCCUCCUCUCUCUCUCCCCCCCCCCCCCCCCCCCAUCCCCCCAGUGAUUCCAAACAUUGCUGACAUAAAUAAAUACAUUUUUUAUUUUAAAUGUAAAACCUGCAGAUGUAAAGUUGAGAUGGCAGCAUGGAUGGAGCUGCAGUGGCCAGUGGACGGACGGGCACUCCAAGCAGGAAUGAGACGUGGAGUGGCCAGCGGGCGAGCAGGCACUGCAGGCAGGAAUGAGACGUGGCGUGCGUGACCUAUGAGUUACGCACGCGGAAGUGCACACUGCACAGCGCUGCCCGAACCGGUUAUUGAUUGCAGCGGGCGGCGGGUCUCUGGCUGGCAGGCGGCAAUGGAUAUGUCUGGCGGGCAGCGGUGGUGAGCAUCUCUGGCUGGCCGCAGCACACCUGGAGGCCGCUCACGGCACACUAGUGUGCCGCGGCACAACGGUGGAAAAUCGCUGGUCUACUGUUUUGAUUAAGGACUUUUAUAGGUAUAAUGCAGAUGGGGGGGGGGGGGGAGCGGGUAUGAAAAGAAGAGUUGUAGCUCGAUUGUUACAGUAUGUCAUUUGCAUCAAGUGGGCGUGGCAAUGUAUAUGAUGCUAAUUUUGUCAUCUUGCUCUUGUCCCUGUAGUGUUCAGUGGCGCGUUCACUGUGGUGGGCAGAGCUUUAAGAUGCUUUACAGCAUGACUUGACAGAUAAGAAAGUGCCUGUGAAGAUAUCAGGUUCCAAAUCACUCAAGUUUGGUGGUAGAUGAAAAACCUACCGGGGUUUAUUGACAGAAUAGGUUCUAACACAGUUCAGCACACUUCUGUAAUCCAAUUCCACAUGACAAUUCCCACCACAAUCUCCUGACAGACCAUUACUUCUUAGUCUCGGAGUCUCUUCUAGUCACAGGAAAUGAGGCAUAGCUAUAUUGUCACAACCCUCAUUUUCUCACAGUGCCCUAGAUAAAGAACUGGUUGCUCCCUUUCUAAGGAGUAUCACCCAAAUUUUGGAGUCUUCCAGAGUUUUACAGAAAUCCUACAACUAUGAUUUUAAUAAAUGU